UGUACCUGCCUCCUUCAGGAUUCACUGAAGAGGCAAGGUGGAAGGGCAGGAGCCACUAGAUACCUCCACUACUGCUCUCUGGGGUCCACAGCCUCUCUCCCUGACUCGCCCCCUGAAGGUUCACAGUCUCCACUCUCAACCCUUGCCUUCUCCCUAAGAUUCAGGCCUCCCUCUUGAUCCUCGAGUCUCUGAGUCUCACAGCCUUUUCUAAAUCCUUGCCUGCUCUGUGGCCCAAAGCCUUCUCUGCUGUCCCUCAGCCAAUCCCCAGCUCCUGCAGCUUUCUCCCUGGAUCACUUGCUUCUCUCCAGCCAACCACUCAGCCACCCUGGCCUGGUGCCCAACCUUGGGCAGCCACAGGGGCACUGAUAACUGUUGCCUGCGCUAUAGGUGGUGGCCGCUGGUGAAGCCAUGUCAGAGCCAGCAGACGGCCCCUCACUAGGGCUUUCACCUUCACACCUGAGCACUGUCACACUCGAGGACCUGGAGCUGCUCUUAACAGAAGGCCUAGUCAGUGCUGAGACCUCAGAGAGAGAUGAGUGCAGUGGCCGGGCAUCCGGCUCCUUGGUCCCUGAACAGGACACCCCUAAGCAGUGGAAACAGCUGGAGCAAUGGGUAACUGAGCUGCAGGCUGAGGUGGUUCGUCUGAGGGGACACAAGGAACGCUGUGAGCAUGCCACAUUGGGCCUGCUUCGUGAGCUGUUGCAGGUUCGUGCCCGUGUGCAGAUGCAGGCCUCAGAGCUGCGCCAGCUGAGGCGAGAAGUACAACAGGCAGCCUGGAGCCCAGAGAAGGAGGAGCUAGAGUUAUCUGGGCCCCAGAGCCAGAACCAGAUGCAAACCCUGGAUAAAAGGCUGGUGGAGGUCCGGGAGGCUUUGACACACAUCAGGAGGAAACAGGCUCUACAGGACUCAGAGCGGAAACAUUCUGAGCAGGAGAUAAACCUCAGGCUGACCAGCCUGACUGGCAUGCUGAGCCAAGAGGAGCAGGGCCGGGAAGCAGCCUGCAGUGCCUUGCAGAAAAACCAAGAGGACACCAGCCAAAAGGUGGACCUUGAGUUGGCCAAGAUGCAGGCCCAGAUGACCAAACUCAACGAGGAAAUGAGCCUUCGCUUCCUAAAGAGAGAGGCUAAACUCUGCAGUUUUCUGCAGAAGAGUUUCCUGGCCUUGGAGCAGAGAAUGAAAUCCUCAGAGAGUACACAGCAGAUAGCAGAAAGCAGCCUACGAGAGGAACUGGAAAGCCGCUGGCAGAAGCUGCAUGAGCUGACAGAGGAGCGCUUGCGGGCCUUGCGGGCACAGCGUGAGGAGGAGGAGGGUCACCUGCUGGAACAGUGCCGGGGCCUAGACAAAGCUGUGGUCUAUCUGACCAAGUUUGUGCGACAGAACCAGGUGUCACUGAAUCGUGUCCUGAUGGCUGAGCAGAAGGCUCGGGAGGCCAAGGUGAGCUUGGAGGAGACCCAGGCCGGGGAGUUGGCUUCAUAUGUCCAUGAGAAUCUGGAGGCUGUGCAGAUGGCUGGCAAGCUAGCCCAGCAGGAAACACAGGAUGCACUGGAGCUGCUCCAAGAGAAGAGCCAGGUCCUAGAGGGGUCAGUAGCAGGGCUGGACCAGCAGCUGAAAGACUUGAGUGACCACUGUCUAGCUCUGAGCUGGAGGCUAGAUCUGCAGGAGCAAACACUAGGCCUGAAGCUGUCCCAGACGCAGGCUGCAUGGGAAGGUAUGGAGAGAGAGUCCCUGAAGGAUCUGGUCCAGUGGCUGAAAGAAGUCUCAGCACACUUGGAGGAGGUGCAGGAGAAAGUGAACAGCCUCCCCCAACAGAUAGAAAGUAUCUCCAACAAGUGUGUCAUUCACAAAAGUGACGUGGAUGUGAAGAUCUCCGCUGAGGGCAAGGCCAGGGAGUUUGAGGUUGAGACUGUGCGACAAGACCUAGCUGCCCUGCUGAUGUCUGUGCAGCUUCUGAAAGAGGAGAAUCCUGGACGGAAGAUUGCUGAGAUCCAGGGGCAGCUGGCCACGUUUCAGAAGCAAAUGAUAAAGUUGGAGAACAGCCUUCAGGCCAACAAAACCAUCCAGAACCUGAAGUUUAAUAAUGAGACCAAGCUGCGCACAGAGGAGAUUGCAACCCUGCGUGAGAGCAUGCUGCGCCUGUGGAGUGAGGAGGGUCCCUGGCCACUGACCCUGGGCAGCAAGCGGGUAUUCAUGUCCCUGGUGAGGCAGCGGUUCUUCAUCAAGGAUGUAGCCCUGGACGCAAUGGUCUCUGUGAACUCCUGGGGAGUGUACCAGGCUGUGAGGUGGCUUCAUUGGAAGAGAGUCCUCUUGACCUUGGUGGCCCAGAAAAGGCCCGGAGUGAUCUCAGCGAUGACCCAGUGGAAGCCUGCAUAUGAGGUCACAUCUCUGACUGUGUUCCAGAAAUAAACAUGCCAGUUCUUGUACCUAUUGGCACCAG